AUGGCUGACUUGGCACCAACAGAAGGAACUGCUGCAACGCCUGAGCUGUGUUCAGACUGUGGACAGCCUCACCUAAUAAUCGAAACCCACAUCUACAACUUCCAGGAUGAGGUGGACGAUGAGCUGGUCUGUCACAUCUGUCUGCAGCCACUACUGCAACCCAUGGACACGCCUUGUGGUCACACAUACUGCUACAGGUGCCUGAAAAACUUUCUACAUGAGAAGGACUUUUGUCCUAUGGACCGCAAGAAGUUAUGCUUUCACGAUUGUCAUAAGUCCAGCCUUCUGGUGAGAAACCUGUUGGAUAAGUUGAGUGUCACCUGUCCAUUCCUAGCAGAAUGCAAACAGGUCAUGCAGCGCUGCGAGCUGGAGCCCCACCUACGCAACAGGUGUGCAGGUUUCAGAAAAUACAAGGCAGAGAAAGAGAGGAAGAGCUCCCCAGGUAGUGUGGGCAAGGGUCCCCGAGAGAAUGAACGCUGCCAAGCAAGUGAUAUCUCCAGUGCCUUGGCAGACUUGUCCAUGGCUGCAGUGGUGGCUCUUGGUACAUCUGAGCCAGGUUUAGUUAAUCCAGCUUUUGAUGAACAUGAUGAUGAUCAACCUCACAGAACAAGUCUUGUAGCAGAGACAAGCAACAUAGAAAUACAUCGUGAUGACCAAGAGGAGGAGCUUGGUAUGCGCAUUGUGGGGGGCAGAGACACUCCUUUGGGCAAUAUUGUGGUGCAGGAGGUGCUAAAAGACUCAUUGAUUGCUACUGAUGGCAAAAUUAUGCCAGGAGACCAUAUCCUAGAGGUCAAUGGCAUGAAUAUUAGCAAUGUAUCUCACAGCCAAGCUAUUGCUUUGCUCCGCCAGCCCUCCUCUGUCCUGUAUCUCACGGUGUUGCAAGAGAAAGGCUUCUCUCAGAGGUCUCAGCGUACGGAGAGUGGUACCACACUCAGUCUUGGCAAGGAGGUAAUUCAAGUUGCAUUGAUGAAGCGGGAUCGGUCUGAACCUCUAGGAAUUAAGCUGGUCAGGAAGACAGAAGAACCUGGAGUUUUUGUUCUGGAUUUGUUAGAUGGAGGACUGGCUUCAAAGGAUGGGAGGUUGAAGUGUAAUGAUAAGGUGCUGUCUAUCAAUGGCCAUGAUCUCAGACAAGGAACUCCAGAGACAGCAGCACAGAUCAUUCAGAUGAGCGAGGCACGAGUGAACUUUGUGGUCCUCAGACAAACCACACCACAGCCCAUAGAUGUAGAAGAGGGGACUUCAUCAGGAAGCAGCAGUAGCAGUAGCAAUGGAGGAAGCCCUGUGCAUGCACGCAGGAGGCAGAGUCAGCGGUCAUGCCAGAGGAGAUCCACACAGCAGAGGGAUCAACUUCCACUACUUUCGGGCCUAGAGAAGACUGUUACACUGAAGAAAGAGCCAAGAGAAUCUCUGGGAAUUACUAUAGGAGGAGGCCGUGACCAUAGAAAUAGGCUCCCCAUCUAUGUGUCCAGUGUUCAGCCAGUUGGCUGUCUAUUCAGGGAUGGCAGAAUAAAAAAAGGUGAUGUUCUACUUAGUAUAAAUGGAACCGACCUGACUUGCUUGAGCUAUAUGGAUGCAGUUUCUGCUCUGAAGUGUAAUGCUGCUUCACACACUGUGGUCCUGAAGGUCUUGGAGCUAUCACCCCCAGAGCGACAAGGAGAGCCUAUGGAAGGAGGUGCUGAGAGCCUGAGGGACCUUGGCGGCAUCUGGUCUCCACUAUGGAUACACUGGCUUGGCCUUCCAAGCUCCUUGCAUUGGUGUCGACACAUUUCUUUACGGAAGAGUACCUUUGAAAGCUGGGGGUUCAGCAUUGUUGGUGGCUAUGAAGAAAACAAAGGGAAUCAGCCAUUCUUCAUUAAAACCAUAGUACCAGCUACUCCAGCAUUUUAUGAUGGGCGAUUAAAGUGUGGCGACGAGAUUGUUGAAGUCAAUGGUGUGUCCGCUGUGGGAAUGAGUAAUGCAGAGCUGAUCCCUAUGUUGAAAGAGCAGAAAAACAAGGUCACACUAGCAGUGGUCUCCUGGCCUGGGAGUCUAGUAUAG